AUGAGUUUCGCGAUUAAUUUUAUUAUUGAUCAUCCCGAGGAAAACAAAACGGAUACCUCUACUUCAAAUCUUACUAAUUAUCAUUGGGAUGAUUUUUUUGCUACAACAGCUAACGAAAGUUCAGAAGAAGAAACUAUUGAACAAGGUUUUCAAGAGCAAGGGCAACGACAACUUACUCCAAAAGAUCCGAUAGUUCAAGAACCCAUAAUAGAACAUUCACCAAUUCCUACCCUUCCAAUAAAUUUACCUUCUCCUUUACCAUUAUUAGAAGCAACCAAGCCACAGCCUCCAACCGUUUUAGCUUCAUCACCACCUCCACCACAUUUACCAUCAUCAAACAUUUUACCGCCCAUUAUUUUGCCCCCAUUAACCCCCUUUGCCGUUCAUAUUCCUCCCCCAAAGAAGAUAGAACUUCCAACCACUAACGUAACUCCUCCUUCGGAAAUAGUAACCCCCCCAACAAAGUCACAAUCACGUCAUUCCAAUUCAUCUCCUACGAACAAAUCAUCUACGCCGAAAAUGAAACCCAUAACUCCAAGAUUAAGACUUAAAAGAAAUUCUAAAAUUAGGCCAGGUGAACAAGAAUUGACGCGUUCAUCUCCUUCACCAAAAUCAUCUCCGAUUACGAAUGAUGACGAUUCCACUCCUAAAGAUCAGAUAUUACCGGAAUUUACUUUGGAACUUCCAGUAACCUUGGAUUCCCCCAAAGAAAAUCUGGAUAAAGAACCAUCGGAAUUACCGGCAAUUCACCUGACGGGUGUGACGGAUGAGAUGCAAGUAGAUUUGUUAGAAACUUCUGAUGAUUCACAGCAACAGGAAAUAGAAGAAAAUCCCGCUAUUGAGAAACUUAAAAUCAAACAAGCUUGGAUUAAAAGGAUGCGUCUAAAAUUUAGUGUAAGACCGGAAUUCGGGAUCACACAAAACAUUUUGCAUUUAGAUGGUUCUUUAAAUCAAGAUUAUUUUCGACCUCCAAAAGGAUCAAUACCUCAAAUACAACGAAAAUGGACAGACAAAGAACGCGUUCUGCUUAUUAAGGGCGUAGAAAAAUACGGUAUCGGACAUUACAAGGAAAUUUCCGAUGAACUUUUGCCGGAUUGGUCGGCGCAAGACCUUCGUGUAAAAACGAUGCGGUUAAUUGGAAGACAAAAUUUACAACUUUACAAAGAAUGGAAAGGAGAUGAAAAUGCGAUUAAAGUUGAAUAUGAAAAAAAUAAAAAUAUUGGAUUAAAAACGGGUAUGUGGAAAGCUGGAACUUUGGUUUAUGAUGAUAAUGGAGUUGUCUUGAAAAUGAUUCAGGAGUUGUCAGGUGAUAGCAAAAAGAGGAAAAGAAAUGGACAAGAUAUUUUAGAGGAAGAUGAUGAUACGGCAUAUGAUGAGGAAAUCGAAAUCGACUAA